UGUCGACUGCUAAUCCGCUAUUGAUAAACAAUUCUUUCCCACAUAUUUCGGGUUAUCAUUUUCCUAGUAUAUGUAAAAUAAUCGUGCGUGUAUGAAAAUGGUUCUUAUUUAUGAAGUAGGAGGUGUGAAAUAGUGACAUUCACAGUAUUUUGCUGUCUAAGAUAUGAGGAAGAAUGAGUUGGUUCGACGCCUCGGGAUUUGCCAGUCUGGCAAAGUCCGCACUUAAGGAAGCCCAGAAGACAAUCGACAAGGCUCUGGACAUCAAAGAUGAAGAGCAAAAAGAGACAAAAGCACCCUCGGCUGAAAUGACCGACUUUUUUGAAACUUGGGGAUUAGAAGAAAAAGAAUCGGCGGAAAAAAAAGAAUUAGCAGAAGAAAAAGAAUCAAUGGAAGAAAAACCCAAUUUAUCGCAGCAACAAACCACCAGUAUUUGGGGAAGUUUCACUGGAUCAUUUUUCGAGAAUUCAAAGGGCCUCGAAGGAGGAUUAAAAACUAUGAAGCACUCGAAAUCCUUUCAAGAAUUCCUCAAAGACAACAUCGAGCAACCACACGUUCCAUCUUGUCCGUCCGAUUCCGCAAGUUUAGUCGGCGAAUCUUCCAAUUCUUCGAAUUUAAAAAAUGAAAGCAGAGAUUCCUCUUUUAGUGAAAAUCCGCCAUCUUCAGGCAGCAUUCUCGUGGAAGAGUCAGAAAUUGAGAAAGAGGAGGGAAAAACGAGUUCGGAAAUGGAGAAGAGCAACGGCAGUUUCGAGAAAACUGAAUUGAAAGCUGCCGAGUCUCUAAAAAGAGUGUCCGUGAUUUCUUGUGAGAGCGACAAGAGGAGUUCGGACAGUGUCGAGAUUCUUGGAUCCCAACCGAGCACAGAUUGCACAACGACUCCCGAAUCGGAAGUAAAUUCCGCCAGUCAGUCAAGUCCUUCUUUCUCGGGUCCGAAAGUCAAUUCCGAAUCGGUUGAAAUCUUGGCUGAGAGUCCGGUGACUUCUCCAAGUUCGGUGGAAGUUUUGGGCGACUGGAAAAGUGACACUAGUCCCUUUUUCUCACCGACUGAUGAAAAACAUUUCAAAUCUUCCUCAUCCGACAGAGCUUCUAGUACAAUUGAAAUUUUAGAAAACGAAUCAGAUAUCUCGCCUUACGAGUCCCCGACCGAGGAAGCGAAAACAGUCAGUUCCUAUUCUGAAAGUAAAAGCCGAGCCGAGAGUUUUGCGGCAUCGGGGCAAAAAGAGUCGGAAUGUGCAACGAAAAUUUCGCCAGACAGUGUCAAAGUGAUUGCCGAUAUUGAUGAAUCGGAUGAAAUAAGUCUGGCUGAAGAUUCCUACACCUCGGCCUCUGAAAGUACAGUUAUGACGAUCAUGGAAUCGUUUCAGCAAGUUGAUCAAAGAGCAAAAGAGAUUUCAGACUCAAAUUUGAAAAUGCAAGACUCGCUCGCUGAUUUAAAUUCCAGUGCCGAGUAUCCGCUGAUUUCUAGUCUCGAUUCGAUCAAGGAGAAACCUAAUUUGCAUCUGCCACUCGAGCCGAUAACGACCCAGCCGAUAAGGAAGACAGAUCAUCUUGAAUCUGGUAAAAAUCUUGCCGAAUUGGAUCCUUUCGAGCAGCUGAAAAACUCGACGAUUGAGCCACCCGAGCCGGAAAAUCUGCAGAUUACAAAGACUGAAAGUGUCGAGGGACCAGAUCAGUAUUUGAUGUUGACGGACUCGAGUUGCGAAGGCACUUUGAUCGAGAGCAGUUCUGAGGAUAAUGCGACCUUGGGUUGUGCCGAGACAACAAUCACUGAAGCGCCUCUCACGGCGAGUUUUUCCGUUAAAUCGAUGCUGGCUGAUGCCAUGUAUGAAAAGAGUGAUAAGAGCGAGAAUAGCGAUACGGAGAGACAAUGCACGGAAGUUCCGCGCGAGAAUUCACCAAUAUCUUCGGAAAGUAGAUCAGAUCUUGUGAAAAUUGGAUCGGAUCAAACUAGCGGGCACACGUCCGGAGAUGAAUUGGAGACAACAACUUCAAGUGAUAUUGAAAUAAUAUCGAGGUACAGUCCAAAUGGUGAUUCGAGUUCCACUCAAUCCAGAGCGAGUCCAGCGAAAUUGUUUUUAAACAAGAGUAGUGACCUUCUCACCAAGACUCUAAAAACCAGAGGCCAUUCUCGAGAGCUGAGCGAAAUUAGUGUCGGAUCGGACGAUGCAAGUUUAGAAAUCGAAAAAUUGUUGAAGCGCAUUCAGGAAAUGACGGAAAUAUUGGAAGCACGUGAAUCGAAACUGAUUGAUGUCAGCAGAAUGAACAUGGAAUUACACGAGCAGAAUAACACUCUCAAAAAGCAACUAGACAAUGUCGAGAAGCACGUGGAACAAAAUGACUUGACACAAAUCACUGACGAAUAUACACAACGUCUUUCUGCAUUGGAAAGGAAGUUUCAGCAAGCCAUCAGAGAUCGUGAUUUGCUCAGAAAAAACUUGGAGCAGUUGAAACACGAAACAGCUUCUCGAUUGUCGUCCAUGGAAAUUUCAACGAUUAAUGCUGAGAAGGAUGAAAUUAUUAAAGAAUUGCGUGAAGAGGGAGAGAAACUGAGCAAGCAACAAUUGCAGCACAGUAACAUUAUCAAAAAAUUACGAGUUAAAGAGAAAGAAAAUGAGUCCACUAUGAAAAGCCAAAAGGAGCAACUUGAAGAACAAGGUUUGGAACUAGAUAGGCUGAAGCGAUCACUUUACGCAAAAGAGGAAGUUGAAAGAAGUCAAAUUGAAGCAGUGCAUUCAUUGACAGCAAAGACUAAGAAACAGGAGAAAGAAAUUUUGAGUUUGCAGGAGAAAUUAGAUCAUGCGUUAAAUAAAAUGGACGUUUACAAAAAGAGUCUGGAUGCAGCUAAAGUGGAACUCUCGGAGACGAAAGAAAAUUUAACAUCUGCCGAAGAGGAAUUAAAACGAGCAGUAGACACUGCUGGCGAUUCUUGUCAACUUGCCGCGCAAGUCGAAGAUUUGAGGAUGAAAUUGCGACAGUCUGAAGAGGCCCUUAUCAGGAAAGAAGAGACCCUGAAACUGGAGAAUCUGGAAUUGCUGAGGCGUUUAGAAAUAUCAGAAUCUAGAAGCGAGGAGAUGUCUGAGUCGGUUUCAUCUGCCACGCAACCUCUACUGCGACAAUUGGAACAAUUGCAGGCAAAUCUAUUCCAUAAAACGAAUAAUUUUAUGAAGCAGGAGAAAAUCAUGUCCGAGAAAAUCAUGGAAUUGCAAAAUAAAUUGGAAAAUUUGACGGAAACUGAUCAGACUCUGAAGGAAGAUAAUUUAAAUUUGAAAUCGAGGGUCUCGGCUCUGGAAUCGAAACUUCAUUCGAAAGAAAUUGAAAGAGCGAAACUUGAAGAGUUGACUAAUGAAUUGAAGUUGAAGAAUGAGGAUCUUGCUGAAGAAAUCAUCAAGCAUCAAGAAACGAUAAAAAUAAUGGAAGAGUCUCAUUCGAGUCAGGUGAAGGAGUUGAAACGAGAAAUAAAUUCUUUGGAGAACAAAUUGUUGAUGGAGAAAGCAGCGACUGAUGCAGAAAAGAGGAAGAAUAGUGCAAUUUUGGAACAACAGCAAACUGUCGAAGAAGAAUAUAGACUUAGUCCAACUUUAAGUAUCGGAAGAGAUUCCAUAAGUAGUGUGAAUAGUAUUUGGCCAGUAUUUAAUGACCCAAUGUUCGAAAGCAGUUCCGGCAGAUUUCCUAAUGUUUACGAAAGUCUGAGAGCCGGCUCGAGUAGUACUUCCGUUUUUGAAAAUUUACAAUCGCAGCUGAAACAGCGAGAAGGUGAAGUUCAACAACUCCAGUGGGAAUUGUCGCGACGAAAUGCUGAGAGAGACACUUUAAAUUUGGAAUUGUCCUCGCUAUCGUUGAAAGUCGAAGAGUUGACUUUAAAAGUCACAGAGGUGGAAGCGUUAAACGAAAAUUUAAAUGAUAUCCGAACCAAAUACGACGCUCUUCUUCAAAUGUACGGUGAGAAAGUUGAGGAGAAUCAGGAACUUUUAUUAGAUUUAGAGGAUGUCAAGGAAAUGUACAAGACUCAAAUAGAUCAACUUCUUAAUAGAGAAGCCCAAGAGACUAAAUAAUUCAUAAUUAUCCUCGGAAAGGUUCUAUUAAAUUUCCGAAUCAAGUGGGUAAUACAUAUAAUCAGGGUGGCGACUUGGCCGGGAAAUAAUUGGAAAUUUAUUUUUUUAAAUCGGGAAUUUACUUCUGAUCGCAGCCAAAUUCAAGUUUUUAUUAUUUUAAUAAUUUUUGGUCAAUUUAGAAAAGUGUUUUCUACUUUAUUAGGAUUAAUUUACAU